GUUUUCCAAAGAGUGUCACAUUCAGGUGUCUGUAUCUUAUCUACAUAAAUAAAAUGAAUGUAAUGGCUACAGUUGGUGCUUUAUACUUUCGAGCUACUUCUCCAAAUCUUCGUCACCGACUCUCCGGUAAGACGCGCCAGCUCGUUUACGCAAGAGACCUCGGGCCCAGCGAAGGCCACCACACCAGACGAACAACACAGCGGGAAUACCGAGCAAGAUCAAAGCGAAGAAGAGAUACUUAGCAGAAUUCGAAUGAGAACCAUCCGCUGAUUCCGAAUCCUCAGAGUCCAGCACAGCAUCAUCAGACGUGGGUUCCUCCUCAGCAGGAGUAGCAGUUCCAGUGGCGACUUUCUCAUCGGUCGUUCCAGCGGCAGGUGAUACGGUACUCAAGGGUUGAGAGACUGCUGACGAAGUUUUGGUGGUAUCAGUUGGCGCUACCGGUUCAAGUUCGUCUUCAAGAUCCU